ACGUGAUAGACGCCACCUUUAACUGUGCAAAUAAGCUUCCCCACAAAACAAACAAUACCAUAAGACAAAGAUAUUUAUACAGAGUGUAAAAGGUGAGCUAGUUUAGCAAACACGAAUACGUUGGCUUUUCAUACGAGAGUUUUUAUCCAGUGGACUGUUGGUAAUUAGCGGACGGACGGACGUUAUUCUGGGAAGAAGAUUGUUACAGAUACGAGCAUGCAUUGUGGUCAGGUAGAAAUCUUAUUAAAGUAAAGUGGUCGUGUUGUUGCAUUGUUGAGCAUGAAGUGAACUUGCAGGUAUUUUUCUUUGUAAGAGCGUCACUAUCUUGGUUAUGCAGAUCUCAAUACCGAGUAAUAAAGCGAUGUUUGUCUUCGUAAUGAAGAUUACAUGAAUACGGAAAAUACCUGUUUCGCUAUUUCUGCAAUAAUAACUACAGCUUUGUGUUUGUAUGUUGGUCUGGAUCCUGGGAGGAUGAGAUAUUUUUAUAAGUGCGUUGUGUUGUGAUAUUAUUGUGCGAAUUAUUUGGAUCAGAUUUAUGGUUUUACACAAGCGGAUAUCAAGCUCUCAUGGUUGUUCUUCUGUGAUAAAUAGUAACCUAGGAUCAAGGAUGUGCUCUGGCUGGAUAAUAUUUAUAAAUAUAAAACCAGAAAAUUUUCAAUUUUAUGCGCAUUCUUUCAUCGGAGGAUCGGCUGCAUGCAUACAUACAAUAAUUUCGCAAUAUUCUAAACAGAUUAUUAAAAUUAAUGCUGAAAGAAUUCCCAGGCCACGAAUUACAAUAUCUAAAUUCUACAAUCUGAAUAAAUCAGUGCUAUUCUGGUUUCGUCGGGAGCAGUUCUGGUUCUGAAAAGUUCGUCAUUUUUCGAUCAACUGUUUUCAUUUUUUGAUCCACCGGAUGCACUCGAAAUGGCUGAAAAACAUGUCAAAAAAGAAAAGAGGAAGGAAAGCACUCAUUUCUUAGAGGAGCAAGGAUAUUACACAGAAAACCAUGAAAUAGUCACGUCGGACGGAUAUAUUUUGAAUUUGUGUCGACUAUUCAAAAGGAAUAAUGAGAUUGAGGGUCACACGGUCAAACUUCCAGUACCUGAGAAAAAGCCUGUAGCACUUUUAGUACACGGCUUACUCUGUCAGGCAGAAAACUGGUGUAUGAUUUCUUCAGAAGCUGGUUUACCCUAUAAAUUGUUGGAGGAAGGAUAUGACUGCUGGCUCCCAAAUCUUCGAGGGACAGCUUCGUCCAGAAAACAUGUCUCGUUAUCAACCAGUUCAAAAAGUUAUUGGGAUUUUUCAUUUCAUGAAAUUGCAGUAAUUGAUCUACCAACAAUCAUUGAUUACAUCCUGACAACAACGGACAACACAUCUCUGACGUACAUUGGUCAUUCUAUGGGUUGCUCUGUAUUCCUUGUCCUAAUGUCCACCAAACCUGAAUAUUGCUCAAAAGUCGACACCAUGAUAGCCCUCGCUCCGGCAGUCUAUGGGAAACAUAUUCGAAAUAUGGGGUUCAGACCGAUCAUACUACUUGGCAAUUUCGUGGGGUCCAGCAAAUUCAUCAGAAGAAGGGAGAUUGCAAAUGAACCUGCAGCAAAGUCGGUGAAAUACAUUGUCCUAAAAUCCAAAAGGGACCGUUUGGGGGCUUGGGCUAUCAAAUUUUUUGGGGGUUUUACUGGAGCCUUUGGAAAAUCUGGGAUUGAGAAGGAACGUCUUCGUAUCUUGUCCCGUGAGUGGCCCUGUCCCACUUCGCUGAAGCUAUUUUGUCACGGGCUCCAAUGUUAUCAUACGAACAAGGCCAGACAGUAUAAUUACGGAAGGGCUGGAAACAUGAAGGCGUACGGCCAACCGAAGCCACCAAUUUAUGACUUUUCAAAAAUUAACGUCCCAGUGGCAACUUUCUGCUCGGAGGGUGACGAACUGUGUCGUCCAUUGGACGUGCUGACCCUGAGUAAACAACUGCCCAACCUGGUCGGACAGUAUUACAUCAAUGACGACGACUUUUCCCAUGUCGAUUUUAUGCUGGGAAAACGUGCACACGAAAUUGUGUUCAAAAGAGUGAUUCAGAUUUUGAGAGAUUCGAAAAUUAAAGAGUAAAUUAUUUAUGUUGUAAUUAAGUUAUUUUAUGUUGAAUUUAUUACCUUUUCAUGUGAAUGGAAAGAACGCAUUUUUGUAAUUACUUAAGCGAGCUUUUAUUUAAUAAAUGAGAGAGAAGAGUUGUCCAAAGAUA